AUGCUUAACGCAUUUGCUGAUGUAUUUAGUACCGAUGAAAAUAAUACAAAAAAAAUGAAUUGUAUAAAUCCAUUUGAUUUACCAACAUCAACAACAGAUCCUUUUGGAAUCUCAAGUAAUAUGAAGUUAUCUGAGUCAUCAGAAAAAUUUGAUGAUAAUCCAUUUAAUAUUGACACAAAUAAAGACAAAUUGAUUCGACCUCGAAGUGGUAAAGAAGCAUUAUCAUCACCAAAUUGGCUUGCUUAUCAACAUUCAAUGGAUGAAGCUAAUUUCGAUGUAUUAGAAGAUGUACAAAAUAAAUCAUUAAUAACACAAUCAAAUAGCGUUAAUCGUAUGAAUCCAUUUUUAGCUACAAUAAUACCAUCAAGCACAAAUCAAUCAAAUGAAAAAACAUUUCAAGUUUCUCCUAUUGAUCUAUUAUUUGAUGUUAACGUUGAUCCAAAUACAAUACUAUCAAUAAAUUCUGACAAUUCAUUAACAAAUCUUGACCAAAAUAAAUCAUUUAUUCCAAUCGAAACAUCAUAUCAUUUAACAUCUACAAGUACUGCAUUACCCAAUUUAACACAUACACAAGCAACAGCAUCGACAACAAUAACCAAUACAACAUCAAAUUCAACAUAUAAUGAUCAGCUUCUAGACUGGUUAACAGAACCUAAUAAUUUAAUGUCAGAUGUUGAUCCGAAAAAAAAUGAUAUCAAUGUAAUUAAAGAUACUAAAGAUGUUUUAGAAAAUAUUAAUCCACAAUCGUUAUCAAUAUUUCAGAUUGUUUCAUCAUCAUCAAAUUUGAUUUCCGAACAAUCAAUGUGUUGUCCAUCGAAUGCAGAAAUAUCAUUGAUUUCUAUUCAUGAAUCAAUAGUUGAUCAUAAUGAUAGAUAUGUUAUACGAGAAGGACAUGUUGAUAAUAAAAAAAAUAAUCAAUCUGAAGAUGAUUCAGAUGAAGAUUCUAAAAUGAUGUUUAAAAUUAAAGAAAAAAAACAAAACCUAUCAAAUAAUAUAAAUAUUCCAGUACCAUUAUUACCUCCACCACCACCACCAUCAUCAUCAUCAUCAUCAUCAAAAAACUAUAAAAAGACAAGUGACGAUGUUAGUUCGUCAUCGUCAUCAGAAACAGAUCAUCAAGAUGAAGACGAUCCAUUUGCUAUAUUUCAAUCAAAAUCUACUAAAAAUAAGACAAAUCAAAAACCAGAAAAAAAUCUUUUUACAGAUGAUUGGAAUGAAGAUGCAUCAAAAAUAAAUGAACAAAAAGAAAAAGCUCAAUCACUACCGUUAGAUUAUUAUUUACAUGAACCAGAUUAUGAUGAUAGUGCACCGUUAGAACCAUAUCAUAAUGAUAUAAAUGAACUACAAUUACAACAACUUAAUGGAUGGCUAUUACAAAUUCGUGUACCACUAAGACAAAAAGAUUUAUAUAAAAGUACUUUUCAACGAUUUAGUGAAACACGUACUUGGCAAGAAUGUUAUGUUCGAAUAUUAUUCGAUGAAAAAAUAUUACGUUUUUACCUUCCAGAAACAAUUGAAAAAUCUUUUGCUGAAAUUUCCUUACAAACAUGGUAUCAAUGUACAAAACUUGGUCUUCAACAAUAUGAUCAAUAUAGCAAAAUUCAUACAUUUAAAAUUUUUGAAGCAAAUUAUCAUGAAGUUCCUCAAGUUCGUAUUGAUCGUCUUGUUACAUUACCAGAAAAAUUACUGAGAAAAUUUACUCGACCAAAUAAAGCGCAACAAGUUUUAUUAGACCAUGCAAAUUGUGUUCAACAAGAAAUUGUUAAAUUUGGUCAACUAAACUAUAUAUUUUUAAAACAAUUUUCAAUUAUAUUAGAUGAUUUAUUUUGGUCAAUGCCUAUUACACGUAAUCGUUGUCAAAAACAUUUAAAAGAAGAAAUAACUAUUAAAAUUUUGGAUGAAUAUUAUGCACAUAUUGAUAUUUAUCGUCAUAUAUGUAAACAUAAAUCUCGUACACGUUUAUUUGUUUUAGCUUUUUUGAAUGAUGCACAACCAAUUAUUGAAAUUGGUAUCAAUGAUUGGUUUCGUCAUGGUAAAGAAGUUAAUAAACGUAAUGAAAUAAUUAUUAAUAAAACAUUACAAGAAUAUUGGAUUAAACCAGAACAAGUUGAAUUAGCAUCAAUUAUUGAUUCAAACGAAUAUGAAAAUACACAUUUACUUAAAUUAAUACCACCAGAUAGUCAUAAAAUUGAAAUAAUGCGUUUUCGUACAAGACCUAAACAAAAUAUUGAAUUACCAUUACAAGUUUAUUGUUUUAUGUCGGUUAUUGAUCGUCAAGUAAAUAUAAGAAUUGAAGUAACUGUAUCAAAUGCAUUUAAUAUAAGUAUAUUAUCAAAAGCAUCAUCAAUAGUAACAAAUGAUAAAACAGCUAAUAUACGUGAUGAUAAUAGAGAUGAACAAUGUCCAUGUGAAGAUAUUCAAAUACGUUUUCCAAUACCGGAUCCAUGGGUUUAUAUGUUUCGAGUCGAAAAACGUUUUCGUUAUGGAGCUAUACAUAGUGUUCGUCGUAAAGCAGGAAAAAUAAAGGGUCUUGAUCGUUUAAUGAUUAAUCGUAAUGAUGGUCUUAUUCCAUUAAUGGCUGCAUCAGCUGGUAUAGCUAAAUAUGAACAAGCAUUUCGUUCAAUAGUAUGGCGUAUUGAUCAGUUACCUAAAAGAGAUCAAGGUGCUUAUAAAACACAUUUAUUCGAAUGUAAAAUUUCAGUACCAUCAUAUGAUCCCCUACCAGAAAAAUAUGAACCUAGUGCUGAUGUAGAAUAUUCAAUGUCGCAAGUAUUUAUUUCACAUUGUCAAAUUCGUUCAGUUGCUGUACCAAACGCUGAAGAAACGCCGGAGAAAUGGAUACGUCCACAAAGUCGAUUUUCUUAUACAAUUGAUAUUGAAUAUGCAUUUAAAGAAGAAGAAAAGAAAGAUUUUGCACCGAUUGAAAUUGACAUGAAAGAACAACCAAUGACACAUAGUGAAACAGAAAAUAAUUCACAAUCAGAUGAUAGUGAUUGA